UUCACCACCUACAUCAUCAUCUCCUUCCUCAUUGUGGUCAACAUGUACAUCGCAGUGAUUCUGGAGAACUUCAAUGUGGCCACAGAGGAGAGCACUGAGCCUCUGAAUGAGGAUGACUUUGACAUGUUCUAUGAGACUUGGGAGAAGUUCGACCCCGAGGCCACCCAGUUUAUUACCUUUUCUGCCCUCUCAGACUUUGCAGAUACCCUCUCUGGCCCUCUGCGAAUCCCAAAACCCAAUCGGAAUAUAUUAAUCCAGAUGGACCUGCCUUUGGUCCCUGGCGAUAAGAUCCAUUGUUUGGACAUUCUUUUUGCCUUCACCAAGAAUGUUCUGGGAGAAUCUGGGGAGCUGGAUUCUCUGAAGGCAAAUAUGGAGGAGAAGUUUAUGGCAACUAAUCUUUCAAAAGCAUCCUAUGAACCAAUAGCCACUACCCUCCGGUGGAAGCAAGAAGACAUUUCAGCCACUAUCAUUCAAAAGGCCUAUCGGAGCUAUGUGCUACACCGCUCUAAGACAAUUUUCAAUCCUCCAGGUGUGCUCAGGGAUGAGGAGGAG